AUGGCGACCGCGCGCCUGGCUGCCGCCGGGCUGAGGCACUGGCGGCGGCGGUGUGGUGCCCUGUUGGAGGAGAAGGCGGAGAGGAGAAGAGGCCUCGCCGCCUUGGGGGGAGAGGAGCGCGCGGACGCGGCCGAGCUCGCCGGCGAGGCACGACCGGACGCGGCGGUGUGGCGCCCUGUUGGAGGAGAAAGCGGAGAGGAGAAGGGCCUCGCCGCCUUGGGGGGAGAGGAGCGCGCGAACGCGGCCGAGGUCGCCGGCGAGGCACGACCGGAGGUGCCACGCCUCGCCGGGGGUCAUCUCCGAGACUCCGACGGCCGAAACUCGACGCUCCCCGAGGAGGAAGGUUCUGGUGCCGCCGAGACAGCCCGUGGCGGCGUGGGCGUGGGCGCUAGGACGGCCCGCAGCGUGGGCGCCGGGAAGGCCCUGGCGCGGCGGCGGUGGCGCGGUGGCGGAUUGGCAGCGGGCAGUGCUGGGGAUUGGGGUGGCAAUGGCGCGGUGGGUAGACUGGGCGGUGGCAGUGGCGGCUGGGGUUGGGGUUGGGGGAGGGGUGGUGGGUGCGUGGCGUGGGGCUGGGUGUUAGAUUAG